AUGGCGAUGCUGGUGACACCAAGAAGGUUUCCCCCUGGAAAGGGACAAGUUCUUUACGCCAAAGCCAAAGUUUACUUGCAUUUGACAUCGGCCAAAAAAGAUAAUGUUGCUGGGUAUUUGACAAUAGUGAAACCCUAUCCGGACUCGAAAAACGACGAAUUGAUCAUCUCCUUCAUAGCGGAUACCGACUUAUCAACAGAAGACAAGAGUUCAUUAGAUUAUUUUGAUCUUUACGGACUCGACGGAGAGAAAUUUGAUUUUUACUCUUCAAGUUCCAACGAUGCGAUGGACUCUUCAGUGAAGGGUGUUUCCAACUUUCCCAAGGUGAGCCGAUUCAUUGACAGACCGCGUCUAUCCUCGAUAUCCUCGUACUCUUUUGGGGUAGUUAUAAACCAAUUGUUUACUGUUCAAGUUAGACCGAAAACUACUAAUUUAUGGCAAGGCUCGAUAAUAUUACAUCCAAAGCAAGAAGGUGAUCGUUUACCGGCUCUAUUUUUUCAUGACGAUGAGUCUGCUGGAACGAAGCGUGAACAGAAGCUCAAAAGCCAGACAUUCAACCCCUUUUCCGAGAAUCAGUUUGGUGGUAAUUCUCUCUACUGGGGAGGUGAUCGUUUUAUCAGCUGUUUGAAGAAUUACGCAACGUUGACUGAAAGUACGCUUGAGCCAGGUAUGUUGUUGGUGAAUUGUACACCAGAGGAUGCCCUGAAUUUUGUCCCCAACAUAUUAGAUUCCAAGGGCAAAACUACUGAAGAUUACGAUUUAAAUGCCGAGAUCGGACAGGCUUUGACAACUGCGAAAUGGACUGUUUUGACUGGCCUAGCGUCGAUAACCGGGUUUGCUAAGAAAAAGAUUAACAAUGCAAUUGAGAAUAAUGUUUUACCCAAAUCCAUUCAACGCUUUGUUGAUAGGGCUGAGGUGAAAAAGAUCACAGAUGAUUUUGAUAGUGCUAAUGUAUACUUGGCUAAAUGGGCAUUAAGUGUUCAGGAAGAAGCUGAAAAGAGUCGGAAGAUGAUUAUUGGGAACGACUAUUAUAAAGAAUUGAUUAGGUCCGAGCUUGGUGACAGCUUUGUUGAGUUGACCCCGCUCGAAGUUUCCAAAGCUACAAGGAAAGAGAGGAUUAACAAGGAAAAAUGGAGUUCAUUUUUCGAUUCUGCUGGCUGUUUGCAGUAUACGGUAGAUGAGGUCUUGGGAGAAAUUUUCCACUCUGGCUUGGAGAUGGAUGUUAGAAAAGAAGCGUGGUUGUUUUUGUUGGGGGUGUAUCCUUGGGAUACUUCUGCAGCUGAGAGAGAGCAACUUGCUAAAACGUUGGAGAAUAAUUAUUACGAGUACAAGAACAACUGGAUGGCGGAUUUGGAAAGGCAAAGGAACGAUGCUUUUUGGAAAGAUCAGAAAUCAAGGAUCUACAAGGAUCUCAAACGGACAGACAGGGAAAUCGACCUGUAUGAAAACAAAAAAAUAGCCGGGCAAACUAAUACUCGCGGAGAGGAUAUCCUAGAUACCAACGGCAACGAUGAUGACGACGAUGAUGGCGAUGACGACAUUGAUAGUAAUGGUAAUAAGAGUUUAUUCAACAAUCCCAACUUGGUUGUUUUGCGAGACAUUCUUUUUUCGUACAACGAAAUCAACCAGAAUUUAGGAUAUGUCCAAGGUAUGAGCGAUUUGCUGUCGCCUCUCUAUUACGUUUUCCAAGAUGAGCCGACAACUUUCUGGGCCUUCUGUAGGUUUAUGGAUCGGAUGGAGCGGAACUUUCUGCGGGACUUGGGAGGCAUGAAAUCCCAAAUGUUGACGCUAACGGAGUUGGUCCAGUUCAUGCUUCCCGACUUGUAUGUCCACCUAGAGAAAUGCGACUCUAGCAAUCUUUUUUUCUUCUUCAGAAUGCUUUUGGUCUGGUUCAAAAGAGAGGUCACGUUUUACGAGACCAUGGACUUAUGGGAGAUCAUGUGGACGGACUACUAUUCGUCGCAGUUCAUAUUGUUUUUUACGUUGGCGAUUUUGCAGAAACACAGCAAGAUCAUCAUCCAGACGUUGAAAGGGUUUGACGGUAUACUCAGGUACAUCAAUGACUUGAGCGGGAAACUUGACAUCAACGACUUGUUGACUCGCUCGGAGCUAUUGUUUUUGAAGUUUAAGCAGAUGAUCGAAUUGAUCGACAGAAGCAAUAGCGGCGUCGGAUAUCACUCUGUGGAACGCAAAUCCACUGACGGUACUACUGCCGCCGAGCCGAUCAAGGUCAGCAAGGAACUACGAGGGUUGUUAUCCCGAGAAGUUGUUGUGCAGAAGGAAGAAUCUCGGACUUCGGAGACGCCUUUCGGGUAA